AUGUGGAAUAUUUUGAGGUACCCACAUAUCCAAAGACAUCAGGGAGUCAGAUUUUCUACUUAUUAGUUACAGCUAAAAGUGUUGUAACAUGUGAAUCCACUCAUCAUUUGAACAUUGGUAAUAAAUGUAGACAAAUUGACUUUGUAUUUAAUAUUUUGUAUACUUUAGUGAUGACCCUGUUGAGUCAGAUGAUGAAGAUGAUGGGCAAGAAUUUGUUCUUACGAAAACCAUAAAGAAAAAGACUGGAAGAAGAACAAAGUGGACAGAAGAAAUGCUAAAUGAUUUCAUUGAUAUCAUCGUCAGCAGUGAGUAUUACAAGAAGAAACUUAUAUUUAUGAACACAAAGACCCAGAGAAAUGGUGAAAUGUAUGAAGCUAUUCUCAAACAACUAGAAAAGAGAUGUGUCAAGAGGGGUGAAAAAGUUCCAUUUACUGCACAACAAUUGACAUCAAAGUUUAAGAAGUGCGUUGGCAUGUGUAAACAAGCUGCGCUCACCAUUAAAUCAGCCACUGGUAUCAAAAGAUUUCAAGAAGACAAAGGCUUUGGACAAUGGUUCAAUCAAUCAGCUGUAUAGCAUUGUGAAAACCAGAGACUCUUGUAAUCCAGAAAUUGCAAUUGAGCCAUCAGCAUUGGGAAAUACAUCAGGAAAUUCUACAGAGGAAGUCGGUGAUUCAGAUAUUAUGGAAUCUGAAGACACUGCAACAAAAGGAUCAGAUGAACAUGAAGGGAAAGAUAAGUUGUUUAUACCAAUAAAACCUAACAAGACAAAGAAAAAGGAGGAUGUUGCUGUUGAAGCUCUACAGGUUCUAAACAAAGUAGUUGAAAGAGAUCAUACAAAAGAACUAAUAGAUUUUAUGAAGGAUCAAAUGGAGAAGUCGCAGGAGCAUGAGUUAAAGGUUUUAAAAAUGAAUAUCAGUUCGGAAAGUAUACCACAACCAAGAAAUGUCCAUCCUCGUGGAAUUGAGUCUGUGUAUCAACAGCCUCACAUGCCAACUCAUUGUCACUGGAAUUCAGGAUCUACAUUUCAAUCCAAUUUACAACCCUCUCCCAAUCAAUCACGACCAUCUUCAAGUCUAAGUUCUUCGAGUUCCCUUUCCUUCAACAACACUGAACCAAUGGCACAUGAGCAGGAACCAACAUAUCAUUCUUUGUAA